AUGCCAGGUGCUGCGGGGGACACUGGUGUCAACACACCAGGUGCUGCGAGGGACACUGGUGUCAACAUGCCAGGUGCUGCGAGGGACACUGGUGUCAACAUGCCAGGUGCUGCGGGGGACACUGGUGUCAACAUGCCAGGUGCUGCGGGGGACACUGGUGUCAACAUGCCAGGUGCUGCGAGGGACACUGGUGUCAACACACCAGGUGCUGCGAGGGACACUGGUGUCAACACACCAGGUGCUGCGGGGGACAUUGGUGUCAACAUGCCAGGUGCUGCGAGGGACACUGGUGUCAACACACCAGGUGCUGCGAGGGACACUGGUGUCAACAUGCCAGGUGCUGCGAGGGACACUGGUGUCAACAUGCCAGGUGCUGCGGGGGACACUGGUGUCAACAUGCCAGGUGCUGCGAGGGACACUGGUGUCAACACACCAGGUGCUGCGGGGGACACUGGUGUCAACAUGCCAGGUGCUGCGAGGGACACUGGUGUCAACAUGCCAGGUGCUGCGGGGGACACUGGUGUCAACAUGCCAGGUGCUGCGAGGGACACUGGUGUCAACACGCCAGGUGCUGCGGGGGACACUGGUGUCAACAUGCCAGGUGCUGCGAGGGACACUGGUGUCAACACACCAGGUGCUGCGAGGGACACUGGUGUCAACAUGCCAGGUGCUGCGGGGGACACUGGUGUCAACAUGCCAGGUGCUGCGGGGGACACUGGUGUCAACACACCAGGUGCUGCGGGGGACACUGGUGUCAACACACCAGGUGCUGCGAGGGACACUGGUGUCAACAUGCCAGGUGCUGCGAGGGACACUGGUGUCAACACACCAGGUGCUGCGGGGGACACUGGUGUCAACAUGCCAGGUGCUGCGAGGGACACUGGUGUCAACACACCAGGUGCUGCGGGGGACACUGGUGUCAACAUGCCAGGUGCUGCGAGGGACACUGGUGUCAACACACCAGGUGCUGUGAGGGACACUGGUGUCAACACACCAGGUGCUGGGGGGGACACUGGUGUCAACAUGCCAGGUGCUGCGAGGGACACUGGUGUCAACAUGCCAGGUGCUGCGGGGGACACUGGUGUCAACACACCAGGUGCUGCGGGGGACACUGGUGUCAACACACCAGGUGCUGCGAGGGGCACUGGUGUCAACAUACCAGGUACUGUGGGAGGGAAGGGGCACUGGUAUGAACAUACACACUGCACACAACUGUGUAAUAUGAGAUGA